GCCUGAGCGGCUGCUGUUAACCUGUCUCAGCUGUGUUAGCUCUAGCUAGCUUGAAUCACUUCUGCAGCUUUCAGUAAUGACUUCUAACUUUACUCUACCUCAGUGACAGUUAGUCCGUGUUAAUAUUACGUAGCUAUACCCGCUUAAGGCGAUGGGGCUGCCGCAGAGCUCGUUUUUGUCGGACGGGGGAACUUAUAGUGGAUAUCAUGUCCACGGGGUUCAAGAGGACUCACCAGCCCUGAAGGCUGGACUGGAGCCCUUCUUUGACUUUAUUCUCUCCAUAGGAAAUACCCGACUUAACAAAGAAAGCGACUUGCUGAAAGACCUCCUAAAAGCCAAUGUGGAGAAAGCGGUCAAACUUGAGGUGUACAACUCUAAAACCCAGCGGGUGAGGGAACUGGAAGUGGUACCCAGUAACAUGUGGGGUGGUCAGGGUCUGCUGGGCGCGAGUGUCCGCUUCUGCAGCUUUGAAGGAGCCAAUGAGAAUGUUUGGCAUGUCUUGGAUGUGGAAGCCAGCUCUCCUGCAGCUUUGGGAGGCCUCAUUGCUCACGAUGACUUCAUCGUGGGAGCUGAUCAGGUGUUGCAAGAUUCAGAGGAUUUCUUUUCUUUGAUUGAAGCCAAUGAGGGCAAACCUCUAAAGCUGCUGGUGUACAACACACAAACUGACCAAUGCAGAGAGGUUGUGGUGACUCCAAAUGGAGCAUGGGGAGGAGAGGGAAGCUUAGGCUGUGGCAUCGGCUAUGGCUACUUGCACAGAAUCCCAACUCGUCCAGCUCAGCCUAACACCCAGAACAAAACUGUUCUCCAAUCCACUGUGAUAGACAGCAGUGAAGAGCUAGCUGCAGGCGGCCACACUGAGGUGCCUUCGGUGGAUGCACGUAGCCCCUCUAGCAUCAGUGAAAUAGAUUUGAAACAAAUCGAGGGAGCUGUGCAGGAUUUGAGUGUACCCUCGCCUACACAGCCACCUGUGGAAUUAGAUAUUUCCAUACCUGAGGCGAUGACUCCAGAUUUGUCAGACAUGGUUUCUGCCAAUGAAGCUGGCCAGAGCUCCAUGUUUGCUAAUUAUGGAGAUGACACUGGUGAUCAGUGCAGCUUGGAUACCUCAUCUGUUGACCAAAGGCCCUCAUCUCCAAAGAUGAAAGAAGACUCAGACAUCCAGGAGACUCAGCAGGAGCAUGUUAUUGACCUGAUCGCCGCUCCUCCAAGAGAGAAUGCGGAUGACCUUGUAGGCCUUGAAGUCACCACAGAGAACCUGAAUGAAGCCAGUAUCCCAGACUUGCAAGGUACUAUUUCUGAGCCCUUAAGCCCAGCCAAUAUUAUGGAGGAAGAGACUCCUGAGGCUGCUGCAUCAGACAGUUAAGAGGGUCGCUGUACCAGAGUGUAAGUAUAGUUCAACUCAUACCUGAUGCUAGCUGCAUUAGAGAUUUAGAGCACACUAGGAUACAGAAAGCUUCACUUAUGAUGUUAAGUUGCUUCACUGGAACUAUGUUUUAAUUUCUGAGAGUUUUAUUUAUAUACAGUUGCCAUUGCUGCAUGCAGAAUUGCACUUUUAAGAAGGAUAAGGUAUGUUGACUGAAAAAGAUGCUUAAUACAAAAUGAAUGUACUCUUUAAUUUAGGCAUACUGUAUGUCUCAACAUCAAGCAGGAUGAAGCCUUAGUUGUUGUUAAAAGUCAUCCUAGUUUGCACUAAAAAGCCAAAGUUGAAUAAUAUUUUGUCUUGUUGCUCUUACCGUUAACACCUGCUGAAUAUUAGGAAACACUGUUAGAAAAAAAACUGUAGUUCACAAAGAUCCAUCAUACGUUUUUAUUUUUGCUAUAUAUAUUUUGGGGAAUUUGGUUGUGAAUGUUUUUUUAUUUUCCUGUAGGUUGAGUUUGAGAUGAGUCCACUUGAAAAAAAAAGGAAUUAACCUCAGGCAUUUACCAUUUAAGCCUCUUUGCCUUAUGUCUCAUUUUAAACACCCGCCUUUCUUACCAUAUGUGUAGGUUUGACUUUUGAUCCGUGUAAAUGAGUGAGCCAUGUUUGAUGCAGCUCUGUGAUUGUUUUCCCGUUUCUCCUCUUUAUAUAGAUUUUAAUUAAAUUAUGUUUCAGAUUUUUAUGGAUGGACAUAAAUAUUCAAAUAUUUAUAAAAAUAAGAUGACCGGAUGAACCUGCAAUGUUGUCAUUAAUGUCU